AUGAAACUCGUGAAGUGCAACAAGAAAUCAAUCAUCAAAGAAGUUUUAAUUUCAACGUCAUUCUUUUUAUUUUUUUUAUCACCAUCGUUCUCUUCUUCCAUAUCAUCGACCUACACCAAGAUACCAACAGCACCAUCGUCCACAUGUUAUCCCGACACAUCAGAAACAACACAAUACUCCGUAAGAUCAGUGCAAAGAUGUGCAGCUUAUUGCAGCAUCCUACCGACCUGCAGAAGAUUCAAUUAUUAUUACCAGAGUAAUGUCUAUGGAACUGCUGGAGAUUGUCGCUUGUUUCCAUCUUCUAACUGCCAACAUGUUCUUCAAAUCAAUGGAUUUCUCGCUUACGUCAAUAAUGCAACUAUCCCCGAUAAAUUGUCAAUGACAACUGUUAUGGUAAAUGGCUUCGACUGUGCUCUUAACAAUCCCUGCCCGAAUGCCAUUCCUACUACAGACAAUCCAAAUACUUUGUUUCCUGACAUAGACCCAGCAAAAUUUAUCCAGUGUUCGAACGGGUACUGCUACAUUUUUAGUUGCCCAGCUAGCACAUAUUUCAACGAUGUCCUGAAACUUUGCACGUAA